GCCAAGCCGAGGCACUGCCGCUUUAAGCUCACUUGCCCAUUGUUCGGAAUUGAGCCAAUGAGAAAACGCCCGCUCCCUGUACUCAGCCAAUAGCGUUGGGACUAGGGUGGUUGAGCACCGCCCACUAAUCUAUAUUAAAGCUUCUGGCGCCGCGUGAGUCCCCCACUGGCUGCUCCGAAAAGCCAUCUUUGCAUUGUUCCCGGAUCGAGCUCCGCGCUCACUGCAGCCACCUUCGCCGCCCACCGCCUCCUGCAACGCGGACUCCGGCAGCUUUCUCGCCAGAGUCCCCGAACUCCAGGAAUUCCUCAUUCGCUGCAUCGGACCACCGGCGUGCCCCACCAUGUCAGACGCGGCAGUGGACACCAGCUCCGAGAUCACCACCAAGGACUUGAAGGAGAAGAAGGAAGUUGUGGAGGAGGCAGAGAAUGGAAGAGAUGCACCUGCCAAUGGGAACGCUCAGAAUGAGGAAAAUGGGGAGCAGGAGGCUGACAAUGAGGUAGAUGAAGAAGAGGAAGAAGGUGGGGAGGAAGAGGAGGAGGAGGAAGAAGGUGACGGUGAGGAAGAGGAUGGAGAUGAAGAUGAGGAAGCUGAAGCUCCUACGGGCAAGCGGGUAGCUGAGGAUGAUGAGGAUGAUGAUGUUGACACCAAGAAGCAGAAGACUGAGGAGGAUGACUAGACAGCAAAAGGAAAAGCUAACCUUACGCACCGUGACCUAUUCACCCUCCACUUCCCGUCUCAGAAUUUAAACGUGGUCACCUUCGAGUAGAGAAGCAGGCCCCGCCCACAGCGGGCAGUGCCACCCACAGAUGACAUGCGCUCUCCAACACCCCACCAAAACCACAACAGGAAUUGGCAACAUGGGAGGAAAAAAGAACCAGAACUUCCCAGGCCCUGCUUUUUUUCUUAAAAAUACUUUAAAAGGAAAAUUUGUUUGUAUUUUUUAUUUACAUUUUAUAUUUUUGUACAUAUUGUUAGGGGUCAGCCAUUUUUAAUGAUAACGGGUGACCAAACCAGCCUUCAGAGCGUUUUCUGUCCUACUUCAGACUUUACUUGUGGUGUGACCAUGUUCAUUAUAAUCUCAAAGGAGAAAAAAAACCUUGUAAAAAAAGCAAAAACAACAACAAAAAAACAAUCUUAUUCCAAGCAUUCCAGUAACUUUUUUUGUGUAUGUACCUAGCUGUACUAUAAGUAGUUGGUUUGUAUGAGAUGGUUAAAAAGGCCAAAGAUAAAAGUUUUUUUUCCUUUUUUUUUUUUUUUUGUCUAUGAAGUUGCUGUUUAUUUUUUUGGCCUGUUUGAUGUAUGUGUGAAACAAUGUCCAACAAUAAACCGGAAUUUUAUUUUGCUGAGUUGUUCUAACAA